AUGGCAAUUAUACUUGCCAGUAAGAAUUUUACAAAUGCGAAAAGUGAAAAUCUAGAGAAGGGACAGGAAGAGUUUUCUAUUUAUAAGCAUUAUCUGAUCAGGGCCUUUUUUCUGCUCUUAUUGAUAGCUGUUGGUUGGACUUUAUUUGUUUUGUUCAUCAUAUAUAAUCAUAUCAUAUUGCAAUAUGCCUUCGCAAUUCUUAGUUUUCUACAGGGACUGUAUGUAUUUGUAUUUUAUGGCAUUCAAAAGAUAAUUCUGAAAAAUGAUGAUUGGGAGAAAUCAUCAGUAAAGACAAUGGAUACAGGUCGCGGUGAUUCUUUUACAUCCAGAAGAAAAACUGGGCCACCAGAGCCAGAUUCUAUUAAUGUUUACGAAGAUACUGAUGUAAAUAACGUUGCUUACGAGGAAAUUGAAACUCCACCAUCAAGUAUGGAAGAUUCGGUCCGGUUUUAA